UGAAACUGGGGGUAUCCGAGUAAUUUUACAUCUACUCGGAUGCAGAUAAGCUUUUCCUUCGUCCAAAUAUAUAUCCUCCACAACAUCACCACCUCCAACCAUUGGAAAGACAUGUAAAAGAAAACCCAGAAACCAAAGAGAAAAGAGGAAACCAAAACAUGGAAACCUGUUCAAUUCCAAGAGCACUACCCUUCCUCUCCUCAUCUCUCUCAUCCCCAACCAAACCCAUCUCCCAAUUCCCAAUCUCCGCCCCAAAACCUUACCCAAACCAAACCCACAUGACCAACUUCCCACCCCUCUCAGCAACCCUGAACAGCCCAAGAGGCUUUGGAUCCUCACGCAAGAAAACCAAGAGGCCAAAGAAGAAAAAGCAGAAGCAGAAGAAAGGCUUUGACAGUGAUGAUGAAGAAGAGGAAGAGGGAGAAGAAGAGGAUGAUGCAGAGGAAGGGGUAAUUCCGGAAAUAGUGACCAACCGGAUGAUAAGCAGGAUGGGAUUCUCGGUGGGUAUCCCUCUGUUCAUUGGGCUCUUGUUUUUUCCUUUCUUUUAUUACUUGAAAGUUGGGUUGAAGAUUGACGUGCCCAACUGGGUGCCCUUCAUUGUGUCGUUUGUCUUCUUUGGGACAGCCCUUUUGGGGGUUAGUUAUGGGAUUGUGUCCUCCAGUUGGGAUCCCUUGAGGGAAGGGUCACUCUUGGGUUGGACUGAGGCUCGGAAGAACUGGCCUGUUUUCUGGCAGUCAUUCAGGGGUAGAUCUGGAAACAAGUAGCACUUACUCUAUUUUCUCUGUAUUUUGCCAGGUCCAUGAGUUCAUUGCCUUUUUCUAUGUUAACAUUUUCACAGUGUAUUUUUCUUUACUCCGCACGUAGUUAAUUGCAGAUGGUUUGGUUGUGAA